UCUUUGCAAAUAGCCCCAUAUAUAGUUUCUCCUCCUCGCGUCUCAUUUGAGGACGCACGGAGCCAUGAACAGGGCGAAUGCGAAGCUCGGUUGUGCCCUCGCCAUGGUUUUGGGCUCUGCGCUCCUCGUCGCCUUCUCCCACUCCGACGCUUCCGAAGCCGAGAUCGUGAGAUCCGUAGCUGGGAACAAGUUGAAGAGAGAGCAAUGCGAUCUCUUCGCCGGGGAAUGGCUCCCGAACCCUUUCGGGCCGGCUUACACGAAUGCGAGUUGCAAAUUGAUCGAAUUUACUCGAGAUUGUUUGACAAACGGGCGACCCGAUACAGGUUACCUCUACUGGAGGUGGAAACCAUUUGGUUGUGAAUUACCCAAAUUUGAUGCAGGGAAAUUCUUGGAUUUAAUGCGAAAUAAAGCUUGGGCGUUUAUAGGUGAUUCGCUUCUUCAGAAUCAAAGAGGGUCACUGCUUUGCCUUCUCUCUAAGGUGGAAGAAGCUGUAGAAAUUUAUCGCGAAGCGUUUGCAUUUACAAUCUGGUACUUUCCUUCUUACAACUUCACCGUCACAGAUAUAUGCGCUCCUUUUCUGCUCAAGGCGGAAAACGAAGCAACGGAUCACACCAUGCUGCACCUCGACGCGCUCGACGCGAAAUGGACUAACAAUUACCAUAAAUACGACUACAUUGUGAUUUCCGGCGGAAUGUGGUUCUGGAGAACAGCCACAUUCCUGGAGAACAAUGCGAUUGUGGGGUGCCACAACUGCGCUGCUGCAGGACAGAACGCGACCGAAUACGGGGGCGACUUCUCGUACCGAAAAGCCCUCCGGUUGGCCUUCAGCUUCAUGCUCAGCUCCGACCACAAGCCGCUCGUUCUCUUCCGGACGUGGAACACGGAACACUAUGAGUUCGGCGGCGACGGCAUGCUGGUCUGCAACCGCACCGUGCCGUACAGAGCCGGAGAGUACGACGGGCGCCCGACGGAUCAUCUAAUGCGGGGUGUGGAGGUCGAGGAGUUCCGCAGGGCCGCCGCGAGGAGCGGGGCCCGGAUUCGGCUCGUCGACACGUUCCGGCUCUCGGUUUUGAGGCCGGACGCGCAUAUGGGACUGUACUGGUUGGUCGACCGCGACCCGGGCGACAAGACUAUGAAUGAUUGCACGCAUUGGUGCUUGCCUGGGGCCAUAGAUACUUGGAAUGAUAUAGCUAUGGAGAUUUUGAUGCGCGAAGGAGAGUUCAGGUAUUCGUCAUGAAUUGUCGAUCUCGUCGUUUGUGUUUUAGAAAAAUGUUUUACCUAAUUUUAUGCGCGCGCCCAAAUGCCGUGAGUUUAACAGUGAUUGCUCUGUUUUUCAAUAAAUAUUAGCUGUGCUGUUGUUUCGAUUUAUAACUGAUACGUUUGAUGAAAAAAAUCUCUCUC